CCUUCUCAUUCUCUCUCUUCUCUUCUCUCUCUCUCUCUCUCUCUCUCUCUCUCUCUUUGAGAUGAAGCUCUUCUCGCAUCCAUGGAGGCUUCUCAGAUCCUAACCCUAGCUCUGGUUCUCGUUGUUGCUCUACUCUCCUUGGUUUUUCCUCUUCACUAGGUCCCGUCGCGGCGGCCGCCAUCGUUUUGCUGAAGAAGGGAUCCCGACGAAAGAGGCACCCAUUGCUCUACCUCAGAAUCCGGCGACGCCGCCGGAAGGGCUCGCCGAGGAGAAGUUGGCGUUGGAGGAUGGGGAGCAGAGAGGACGGAAGAGGAGAGGGAGGAAGAAGAGGCAGGAAGCGGUUGGCGGUGGAUCGGAUGCUGGGAAGGGAGUGGCUUGUGAUGUCGUUGGGAAGGAUGAGAAGGUGGAGAAGAGAAAGGAUGUGCUUGAUGAUUGCAUGUAUCCGUUCUCGUCCUUCGCGAGUGCUACGCAGAGGAAGAUCAAGCUGCAGUAUGAUCAGCUGGUGAAAUCCAAUCAGGACAAAUCCCUUACCAUGGCUCAGGUAGGUGAAUUUGUCAAUUGCCUGGUCGAGGCCAGAAAUGAGUUGCAGCACAAAUCUGAUAUAAUUCAACGGAGUUUUAAGAUAAAAAAGGCGCUUGUAUGUAAAGCAGAUAGGUCUUCAUUUGAUCGCCUUUGCCAACAGUUGUAUAAGUUAGAGGCAGAACAUCGAAGAUUAGAGGAGGAUGCAGCCGUCUAUAAUUUGCUCCAAGAACAACUUAAGCUUUCUCCUGCAUAUAAAACUAUGCUUGAGAUUGGUACCAACAUGGAGCUGAAGGAUAAGUUGGAUCAGCCGACAGAAUUUGCUGAUAUCUCCUUUGAGGAAUUACUGGCACAAGAGAAGAAAGAUUCAUUUUGGCUUAAAAAUGGUAAAUUAAGAACAAGUACAAGCUAAAAUCUCAGAUGACAUGUGUCGAGGCGAUGAUUUUGGGUGGCUAUAAGAUUUCUCUUGUUUCAUUAGGAUAGAAAUGCAAUAACAGCUUAUGCCUUCUCAGUUUCAUGCUGUGCUCUUAAAUGUUAAUUAAUCUGCACAUACAAACUUAAUACUGAUUAGUGGUAGUCUGGUUUGAUGUUAUACCGAUCUGUAAUGAUGUUUAAUUUCUUCUUAAUUAUCUUAUAAACAAUAUCUGAAAGAUAGUGAAAACCUUUUUAUGAA